UUAGGCCCAAUUUUCAACCGUCCUUCGGGGCCCAAGUUUACUCCACGCCAUUAUUCAGUGAAAAAAUAUUCCUCCUGUAUAAUUUGAAUUAUCUUCUGGGUUGCCCCAGUUCUAUCACUUCUACGCGUUUAAUCCAUUAGGGUUUAAAACUAGUAAUCUUUAGGGGCUAAGCAGCAAUGGCUAACAAAGGAGAACCGAAGGGAGAUAAACUUGUACUUAGGGGCCUCAAGUUUCACGGCUACCAUGGAGUGAAGGAAGAAGAAAAGAAACUUGGUCAGAAAUUCGUGAUUGAUGUAGAUGCUUGGAUGGAUCUUCGACCCGCUGGUAUAUCUGACUGCUUGUCGGAUACCAUCAGUUAUACUGAUAUAUAUCGCAUUGUUAAAGAAGUUGUGGAGGGAACGCCUCAAAAUCUCUUGGAAACAGUAGCUGAACUCAUUGCAUCAGCAACUCUAACCAAGCACCCUCGAAUAUCUGCUGUUCGCAUUCAGGUUCAGAAACCUCACGUCUCAGUUCCUGGUCAUAUUGACUUUUUGGGUGUUGAGAUUACUAGAUACAGAAGUGUUGAAGGUGAAAAAUAAAGUUUUACUGCCAAUGUAUUUCAUUCUUGGGUGUGUAGAAAUGAAGGAGCUUUGUUUCACUGGGUUUGUUGAGAAUGUGCAAAUUAUGUAGCUUUCAAACCAUUAAUGGAUUUGUCAAGAAUGUACAUUGUAAUUGUAAUACACCGCAAUGACAUUGUUUUGUGCUUCACUAGA